AUGGUCAAUCUCCUCGCACUCGCUCUACAACUAUCACUCGCCCUCGCAGCCAAACACACGACCUCAGCAGAACCAAAGUAUGGUACAGGGUCUGGCCAGAUCAACCGAAGUCUCGACGGAGAGAUCAUCGACCACAAUGCAUACGAAAAUGCUGGAGUCUCUAUGCAAAACGACCCUGAAUACAAGUCCAUUAGAGCGGACCUCAAAACUAUGUCAUCUGACAACAGAGACGGCAUCAUGACAGUGAGAGACGAAAUGCUGUCGCUCAUUGACAAGUAUUUCAACACUGUCUCGGGCUUCAACUUCUACACCUCCAUCAACAGCGCAUGGCUCGUUCCAGGCUUUGAUAUCCACACACUCACAACUCAGUUCUCAGACAACCCUCUACCUACCACGACUUCGACUUUGGAAGUUAGCGUCGACACUACAGGCACUGGAACUCCUGUGAAGCCCACAUCCCAGACCUGGCUCGGGAAUGCUCAAACAGCUGCUCCACCCGCUCAUGUCAAGAAACACAACGGAGCCAGCGCAGUCGAUUACAGAGCUGUUUAUGCUGUUAUGAUCCCAGCUCUAUUGCUUUAA